UCGAUGAAAUCAAGUGGUUGUUGUCAUUUCAACAAAUAUAAGCAGAAAGCAACCCUAAUGCGUUUCAUUUAGCUAAGAAAAAAAGAACAAAAUAAACACAAAUACUGCAAUUGUUUACAAUAUUUUAUAUUUUCAAUACUAUUACUAUUUAUUAAACAGUAUAAUAUUUAUAAAUAAAGCGCAUAAUUGGUUGUCAAAUAAAAAUAUAUUUGUUUAUGUGAAAAUGCAUUGUCGACAGAAAGAAAUAUGUGAAUUGGGCUGAAAUGCAAAAUUAUGCAAGUUGCAAAAAAGGACUGUACCUUUGAGUAAUAAUAACUAUUGCAAGUUAUUAUAACAACAUUCCUUAAAAGAUAAAUUAUUUAUUGUAAAUUUAGUAAAAAAGUCAAAAUGGAUGCCACAAAUGCAAUUUUAUCAAAGCAAAACAAAAUAGAAGCAGUUACGCCUAAUAGCAACAAUAAACCACAAAAUGCAUCUCAAAAACAUUCCGGUCCCUUUUAUAUCUCACCAUCACUUUUCGACAACAAACGUCUGCGACAGAAACGUCUCCGUUGGGCCAAAGCUUUGUUGGCGGCGGCAGGCUUCAAGCAGCAUCACCUAUUGCAACGAAAAAAGACUGAGCGCCGCAAACAUGUUUUAUGUGAUUUACGUGCAGACGUAACUAUUGACCUAUUAUCGGAUGAAGAUGAAAAGCCGAUAGAAAAUAAUAAUAGGGACGUUACGGCAACUGAAGCAAAACCAAUUGUUAUAUCAAAAUGUUCAUCAAUGACAAUUUCCGAUGGCCCACCACCCCUCGUUCCAAUUUCGAACGUACAUUCAGCACCCAAACAACUAUUUACGCAAGUCUACGCUUUCCCCAACCACGCUAUAGAAGUAUCAAAAGUGCCGAAUAUAACGCUUAUUCCUGUGCAGAAUUUACAAAACCCGCCUGCGCCACCACCAGUUGCUUCAGUAGCGCCUAUGCCACGACGUGUUAAACGUAAACGUAAAUCGCAACAGCCGAAACGCCAUAAACAACCCGUUAUUGUCAAUAAUGAGAGCAUAAUUCUAAGUGAUGAAAGUGAUAUCGAUAUAUCCCUGGUAGAGCCUCUUGCUGAAUCCUCUACGAAUAAUGUGUAUCCGUCAGCAUUAACAGUUGCAACUGAAACAGUGCCGCAAACUACAACUAUAUCACCCUCAUCCACAAACAAUUUACAACUUGUACAAUCGCCUUCACCUACUAAAUCGAAUCCGUCAUACCCCACACUUCUAACACCGUACAGUGCACAAGUUGAUGAAGAAGUUACCGUAUCGAUUGUGCCACGCUCAUCAACAGCCGGAGCCACUUGUCUCAAGCCCAAUGACACUGAAUUAUUUCCUAUGCUACCCGAUGAGACCACAGUGCAUACGGUUAUUGCUAAUCGUACUUAUGAGUUAUCAUUAACAAAACUGCGUGAAGGGCUAGCCUCCUGUGGUAUAUCGGAGUUUGCAAAUGGCCAGCAAAAGCUAGCGCCAGUACGACGUAAAGGACAACUAGUGGAUACGCCACCAAUGGUCUCUCCCAAUCCGCCGCCCAUAUCUUUAAAAUUAUCCAGCGAUUUAAGCAUUUCAUUGAUCUCAGAUGAUGACGACGAUAACCAUGAACAACAACAUCAGCAACGUUUGGCGGCAGAAAGUCUGUUACAAAAACAACCGCAGUUAAUGGUACAACACUUGCAAUUGCCUGCGGGUGGCAUGUUGCAAGCCGGUGCAAAUGUGUCGUUAGUUGGCACAUCAAGGCUGCCGCCACGGCGCCGAAAACUCGUUUGAAUAAAGGGUUGUUUGGGCGGUCAAAGUACAAAGCAAAUAAGCUUUAAGUGCGUAAUACGCCUUUUGAAAGUAAUUGCAAUGAAAAAGAAGAAAAGAAAACAUUAUUUAUUACUACUCGACAACCUAAAACCCUGAAACCAAAGGGAAUACAGAUUUCAGGUGUAAAUAAUACUUGGCUUCGAAAGUAGUUCGUAUACUUAAAUUAUCUCAAAAAUCAAUUUUUGCUUCA